UUAGAUCCGACGAGUGAGCCAUGUCUUGCUUAGCACUCUCUCUCCAACCAGCGAAUGGAUCCGACAUCCUCCUCCAAACCCGCGAGUGGUUCCCUCCCGCCCGAGCCCUCGUCGCCGUCUCCUCCUUCCGCGAAACCCGCCUCGCCUUCGCCGCCUCCAAGCAACACCACCACACCAAAGACCACCCCUCCUCCAACUCCAACUCCACCUCCGACCCCUCCGCCGACUCCAUCGCCUCCCUCGGCGACGAUCCCCUCUCCGCCUCCAGCGGCCAGCUCAUCGUCGGCGUCGAGAGCCGCUACCGCGUCGUCUACCGCCUCGUUAACUCGAUCUACGUCCUCGGCAUCACCACCGCCGACCACGACAACUCCAUCAACGUCUUCGAGUGCAUCCACAUCGUCAACCAGGCCGUCAGCGUCGUCGUCACCGCCUGCCGCGGCGUCGACGUCACCCCCGAGAAGCUCGCCCGCAAGUACGCCGAGGUCUACAUGGCCCUCGACAUCGUCCUCCGCGGCGUCAGCAACAUCCGCCUCGCCGCCAUGCUCUCCUCCAUGCACGCCGACGGCAUUGCCAAGAUGGUCCACUCCGCCAUGGACACCGAGAACAAGAUCCGCGGCGCCGAGAGCUGGAGAGGCCUCGAGGGCCUCGCCGUUGACCACGAGGCCGGAAUCGCCGCCUUCAACCACACUGCCUUUGAAUUGCCGCCGGAGACGAUAGCUGCCGGGGACGAGGUGGCAGCCAGUUUGGCUCCGGUGGUGCAGAGUGAGGAGAAGGAUCAGAAGGAGGAGGAGGAAGAGAGUGAAGCUGAGAAAGAUCCAUUUGCAGCUAGUGAGAAGAUUAAUCAGCCUCAGGAGCUGGUGACUGGAUUCAAGAAGAACAAGGAUCCUUCGGCUACCGACUUACAACUGGCUCUGUCUACUCUUGAGGUCACUACAUUGCCCCCUGCAGAGGCCACACAGUCUACUCAUAUCGCGGUCGAAGGGUUUGAAGGGCAGUAUGGUGGGAUUGAGUUUGGGAAUGAGCAGGCUUCUUUGAACGAGGCUUUCGAAGGGUUUUCAGAUGCUUGGGGUGGUGGUUUGGAUGCCUCUGAGUUUGUUGGGACCAAGAAGGUUGCAAAGUCGCAAGGGCUUGGUGGGCUUGAGUUGUUGCAGACUGGACCGGAUCCUCCUAAAGCUGCUGGUGCUGCUGCGGCAGGUACUCCUCUUGAGGAUCUUGUAGGAAAAACUGAAAUGAAGGGUCCCGAGAUGAACAUUGUGGAAGAGAUCAGUGUUGAGUUUAGGGAAUCAUUACUUGCCAGAGUUGCAUUGAAGGGUGUUGUUUAUUUGAAAACUCUGCCCACCAAAACUAGUGGGGAUAAAGAAACUGAGUUUUCCUUCAGGGUUGAGGGAACCAGCGCAGUUAAAAGGUUUAUUAUGCAGAAUUCUCGUAUUAGUAGUCUAGGCAAUGGAAUGUUUCAUGUGAGGACUGCAGCCUCUGAUGAGCCCUUACCCAUUUUGAAAUAUAGUCUGCAACCUAGGUUAACCCCAUUGCCUUUGAGGGUUCGUCUUGUGCAACGUCACACGGGAAGUUUGCUGUCAGUGAUGAUACAAUAUGUGUCGAACCCUGAAUUGCCGGCACCUUUGACUGAUGUGACCUUUGUUGUGAAACUUCCCCUUGAUCCUACAUUGUUGAAGGUCUCACCGAAAGCUGUAUUAAAUCGGUCUGAGAAAGAGCUGAAAUGGCAUGUCCCUGAGAUUCCAUUGAAUGGACCACCUGGUCGGUUGAGGGUAAGGAUGCCUGUAGAUUCUAAUGAAGAAGAUGGUGGUGAGGAGAUUGACGUUGUUGCCUAUGUGAAAUUUUCUUGGCAAGGCAACAGAUCAUUGUCGGGAGUCUGUCUACGGCCAGCUUCUGAGGGUAUGACAGACUUUUAUGAGGUUAAUCACAGGUAUGAGAGUGGGGUAUAUAUGUGCAAUUGACCCAUGCUGAAAUCACUUUUACAUUGUAACUUGUAGAGGAUUUUUUUCUCUUUUUUCUUUCUUUGUUUUGAUAGAUUGUUGAUUGGCUGUUAUUGUACCAUUUUUUGAUAUUGAGCUUGUAGCCUAGAUUUUGGUUCAUGUG